AUGAUCAGCAUUCCUUCCACGACACUGCGCACCCUCCUCACGGAGAAGCCAGGAGUAAGCACCACUCCUAGGUUCUACCACCCUGACUCCAGCGACGGAUUGCCCGAGGUCAGAGUCAGGCUCUGGAGCUGCUUCAGCGCAGUCGAGCUGAAUAAUGAAUUUGGCGAGAUCUUGGACGCCACCAUCAAGCACAAUGAGCUGCCCAGAGAAUUGCCGUCCAUGAGCGACAUCCUCCCCGGCUCGCACAAGGUCAAGAACUGUCAGGACGUCUUCCCACUCGUCCAGUGGAUCUGCCGCCCGAUGGCGGCGAUGCUUCCGUCCACGAUCAAGCAACCGAAGCUCCAGCCCGGCCUCAAGCUGAGACACACUUCAGUGAAGCCAUCGCGCUCCGGCUCCGGGGAAACGGCCGCAGAGGCGUCUCUCACCGAGUACACCCGCCCCUUCAGGAUUCCCGGGGUUGGCCCGAAAUCGCCCACGAUCUGCCAUCUUGUCGAGCUAGACAGCGAGUUUACAGCAAACCUGGUCAUUGGCAUCAGUGCGCCUUCCACAAGCUGCUUCCCCCGCAAUCUUCUGGAUAAGGGCAGGGAUGGCAACAUCAUCAACUUGAAGGGGAACGAUCAGUUGCUACGCCGGCUUGCCCGUGGAUGCCACAUGGCCGACACACACUACGGCUACAUCUUGACCGAUCAGCACAUCAUGGUCUGUCGCUUCUCCAAGGCAGAUGACGCCAACCCCGCCGCCGCCAACGGCGACGCCAACCCCGCCGCCAACCCCGCUGGCGCCGUCAAUGACGCCGCUGACAACAAUGCCGGCGCCGCUGACAACGCCGGCGCCGCCGCCAACGCCGCUGCCGCCAACGCCUUGGUGUAUAACGUCCAAGUCAGGGCCAUCCCCUGGACGCAGGGCCGCGAUGGUCGACGGCCGCCCAUCCGGGGCAUCGUCAAAGCGCUAGGCCAGGAGGCCAACGAGAGCACCAUGACGAGUAAGGACUUCAAAAAGCUGCGGCAGAACAUCUGUCGCCUCCAUCGCCUCGGCAUCAUGACCCUCGACCUCCAGGUGGGGUUCAACCAAAUCUUUGACAAGAUGCAGAUGGGCGACUUCAGCUGGGCCGUCACCGUGCCGCACCCCGUCACCAGCCAGGAACUGAACCCGGCCCUCACGGCCAAUAUGAAGCGCCUCAUGGAGAUCGAGACCUUCGGGCGGGUCAGCGGCGACCUCUUUGAGUUCGACGACAUGGUGCAGCAUCGGAACGAGACCUACGGUGACCAGGAUGGCGUCAUCACCGUGCGCGCCUUCCCCGAGGGCAACCGCUGCUCGCGGAUCCAGCGGCUCAGGAGCAAGAGGCUCGUGGUCCACACCUCCUACGACCCGAGGAAAUACGCCUGGCGCAUCAAGCGCCGUGGGGAGAAGCCGCGGACCCUGGCCGGCAUGUCCGACACCUGGCGUCUCGACUGCCUCGGGGACGAGAAACUGGCCGCGAGGCUGAGCGAGUGUACCGCCCUUAACGAUAAGCUGAGUUGGAGGUUCGAGAACGGCCGCUUGUUCCCAUACUAG